CCAGUGUAGGUCGUUCAAGUGCGAGGGCUAUUUAGAAUAGCUUAACUCCAGCCUGUGGUUUGAAGGUUAUUGGUUUAAUUGUCGGUUGAAUCAAUAUCCUUAAUUGGACGAUUACAGUCAGCUGGAUACUAAUUAAGCAAAGCAUUUGUACUCAUCCUAUUGGGAGACUGACCGAUUUUCACGCUAGAGACUUAACGACCUUUCUGUCAUUUGUCAGACGUCAUCUUUUGCUGGAAACUUGUAUUUGGUUACUUCUAUAUGAAGUAAACUGGGAGUGGAAGCAAACUAAACCAGUUAUAUACCGACUGUCUCAAGAAAUACUUUUACAACUAAAUAGGAAAAAUCCACUAAAUGGGAUCUCCAGUAGAUUUAAUUACAUACAGUCCCGCUGCUGCACAACAUAACCUUGCUUUGAUUAACUACUGUCGCAUAUCUAUCGCGGCACUUUCUGGAUGUACAGUUGGGAUAUUAGGUUUGACAGGAAUUAUGGGAUUUAUGUUUUAUUUUCUGGCGCAUGGUUUUCUAUCAUUGUUACUGUUACAAAAGGCAGGAAAAUCAUGGAACAAAUACUUUAUUCAGCGUUCGUGUUUAACGUAUGGAGGGGUCUUCGGAGAACUAACUACUUAUAUUUUAUUUUGGACUUUUAUUUAUGGCAUGGUUCAUGUAUAUUAAACAUAAUCUAAAUAUAUUGACCUAUUUUGCUUAAUCUCAAAUAUAUUUUGAAUAAUGGAUCAUA